GAGGCAUUCCAGCCUUGGGGUUUGAUAUGGUGAUAUGGUAUUAGCCACAGGCACGGGGCCUAUUCAGGCAGAAUAAAUGUGUCUCGUGAUUUGCAGUCUUUUGUAGAGCAGCGUGCAAAUGAUACUUUCCUUGAAUGGUCCAUGUCGAGUAUUUCAGUUGAGCUGUGGAUGUAAGAGGCUUAAGACAAGCAAACUGUAUGCGGGAGUCUCAUGACUUGAUGCUUUAGUAGUUUCAAAGUUAGUAUAGGCAUUCUAAUUAGAUAAUGUAUAAAAUAGCAAUUAAUCACAAGAAAAAGAGGAGAGAUAUUUUAUUAUAUAUUUUCGCCUUGGUAUUAUUUUUGCAUUGCUCGGUACAAAUACUGUUCUACGUUUCAAAGUCCUUUCAGCAUUUGCAUUCUCCGAGAAUACGCCGGGACACUGAAAAUGAAACGGAGUGCGUAUCCCCACAGUCGUCGGAAUUUCCAGAGGACUUUUUCACAUUGCAAGAGAGAAAAGAUGGCGGGAUUAUUAUACAUUGUAUGAUUAUUUCCUAUAUGCUUUUGGCGAUUGCUGUAGUUUGCGACGACUACUUUCUGUCAUCCCUUGAAGUUAUCAGUGAGCGUCUCGGGCUCUCUCAAGAUGUAGCUGGAGCAACAUUUAUGGCAGCUGGAAGCUCAGCUCCAGAGCUAGUUACAGCGUUUCUGGGUGUUUUUGUCACAAAGGGAGACAUUGGUGUCAGUACCAUUGUGGGAUCAGCAGUUUACAACCUCCUAGGUAUUUGUGCGGCGUGUGGACUCUUAACCUCUGUGGUGGGACGACUCACCUGCUGGCCACUGUUCAGGGACUGUUUGGCUUAUGCGAUAAGCGUGGCUGCUGUAAUUGCAAUAAUCUCAGAUAACAAGGUGUACUGGUAUGAAGCAGCUUGCUUAAUUCUUGUGUAUGGGGUGUACAUAGUGGUGCUCUGUUUUGACAUCCGAAUCAGUGGGUACAUGAUGCGCAAAUUCAGCCCUUGCUGUACCUGGAUGGCCAAGAGUACAGAGGAACACAGUGAGCAGCAGCCUUUGGUGGGCUGGCAGGAUGACACAAGCCUUCACAUGCGCCACAGAUCCAGGGCAGACAGUGGAAUCUUCCAGGAUGACUCGGGAUACUCUCACCUCUCUCUUAGCCUUCACGGGCUAAAUGAAAUCCCAGAGGAGCCCACAAGUGUUUUCAAGUUGCCUGAGAAUGACCUGAAGCGUAUCCUCUGGGUGCUCUCCCUGCCGGCCAUCUUGCUGCUCUAUCUGACUGUGCCAGACUGCCGCAGGCGCUUCUGGAAGAAAUGGUACAUGAUGACCUUUCUCAUGUCAGCUGUGUGGAUCUCAGCAUUCACCUAUGUACUGGUGUGGAUGGUCACAGUACUAGGAGAAACUCUGUCCAUCCCUGACACCGUAAUGGGCCUCACUUUGCUUGCUGCCGGGACCAGCAUUCCAGACACAAUUGCUAGCGUCAUUGUAGCUAGAGAAGGCAAAGGAGACAUGGCCAUGUCAAACAUCGUGGGAUCUAAUGUAUUCGAUAUGCUUUGCCUGGGUCUGCCAUGGUUCAUCAAAACGGCAUUUGUGGACAAUAGCUCUCCAGUUGAGGUGAACAGCACUGGUUUGGUAUUCACGACGGCCUCCCUACUCAUCUCAAUCGUCAUACUUUUUGUGACUGUACAUGCAAACGGAUGGAAACUGGACUGGAAGCUUGGACUCGUUACACUGUUUUUCUACAUUCUCUUUGCCACUCUGUCCGUUUUAUAUGAACUGGGAAUUAUUGGCAACAACCCAAUAAGAGCAUGCAAUGACUAACAGAGUAUCCAAAACUGUUGACCCCACUCAGAAAACACUGGACAAUUUGAAGUGGAAAUACCUGCUUGGCCUUAUCUUGCUUCUCAAAUGAGUAGGUCGUGGAAGGCCGAAACUGAUAAGCAUUUAUGAUCACCAUUUAUACAAGUGACAGGAAGAGGGACAAACAAUACAGAACAAAAUAAAACAGAAAACGCAAAACAUUCCAUUCA